UUGGGGGCUUGGGGCAGUAGCCGGGUCAUGUCCCGCAGGCAGGCGGCCAAGGCGCGGGCCGGUGGUGGGGGCAAGAAGGCGGAACUGGAGCGGAAGCGGGACGAGCGGGCGGCCCGCCGGGCGCUGGGCAAGGAGCGCAGGAACCGGGCCCCCGCGGAGGAGGACGGCGGCGGUGCCGCGGCCCAGGAGUUCGUUAGCUUCGGCAACCAGCUGCAGCCGCUGGGCCUCAAGCUGCGCGAGGUGCCGGGCGACGGCAACUGUUUGUUCCGGGCCCUUGGUGACCAGCUUGAGGGGCACUCCAGAAACCACCUCAAAUACCGCCAGGAAACAGUGGAUUACAUGAUAAAGCAGAGGGAGGAUUUUGAACCUUUUGUUGAGGAUGAUGUUCCCUUUGAGAGACAUGUUGCCAAUUUGGCGAAGCCUGGUACAUUUGCUGGCAAUGAUGCUAUUGUGGCAUUUGCUAGGAACAAUCAAAUGAAUGUGGUUAUUCAUCAGCUCAAUGCCCCUCUGUGGCAGAUUCAAGGCACGGAUAAAAGCAACGCCAGGGAACUACACAUUGCCUAUCGGUAUGGAGAGCACUACGAUAGCGUGCGGAGAAUAAAUGACAACUCUGAAACUCCCGCACAUCUUCAAACAGAGAUGCUGUGUAAAAAUGAAUCCAAUAAGAGGGAGAAGAUCAAGCCACAGAAGGACAAAUCUGAAGAGGAGUUAGAGAAUGAAGUGGAAGAUGCUGUACAAAAAGUCUGUAAUGCAACCGGGUGUUCGGAUGUUGAUUUAAUCAUUCAGAUUCUGGAAGUGAAGAACUACGAUAUUGAUUCUGCAAUAUUUGCUGUUCUCCAAGUGAAAAGAAUCUAUUCUGAAGAGGAAUAUGAGACCCAGGCCAAAAGUCAGAAGUCACAGAGCUCAGCCUUGUGGGAGGAGAAUGGAAGUGGCACCAGAAUCUUUGGAAAUCAGGGAUUGCAUCAGGAUGGAACAGAAAACAACAAGACACAGGCUAGUCCGGAUGAAGAGAAUCAAACCAACAAAAAACAUUUCCCAAAGGUAUCCAAUAAACAAAGGAAGGAGCAGCAGCGGCUAGAGAAAAAGAAGCGGCAAGAAGAAAGGCACCGGCAGAAAGUCCUGGCCAACAGGAGUAACAAUGCAGAUAACAACAGGAGCGAGACAGACUCGGAUACACAAGUCACCCUGGUGAAGACCCUUGCAGCGCUGAACAUAUGACUGAUGUAUUGUGUGGUCUUUGAUGGAAUAGGCGAAUGGCAAAUAAGACUGAUCAGACAAAGCCAUCUUCAAAGCAGAUUCCCAAGCACCCCACUAUUUUAAAACAAUGUUUCUAUGGGGUUCUCUUAGCAUAUGCUAAGUUGUCUUUGGUUCUCCAGCUGUGGGAAGAACAACUCUUCAGUAACACUAAAGAACAUCAGCCAAGCUUGUGAGGGAUGGGCAAUCAAGGUUAAGCAAAGUGAAGACGUCAACACUUGUUUUUACUAUUCCCGAGACAGAGUCUAUUCAAACUUGAUCCAUCACCCCACGCACCUUGUGUGAAUUUUGCUUGGAGAUGUCACAAUAUUACUUAAGUUAACUCUGACUACAUUUUUCUAAGCUCAAGCAUGGAAGAGCUCUUAUUUUAAAUUACUGUGCAGGAACAUUUUAACUGCUCCCAACUCAGGAACUCUUCUUUCUCUAUUAAAAUAGAUUAGGACAAAAUUCCCAAAUCCCUUUCAAAGCUGAUCAGCCAAAUGCUGUACUAGACAUGUUAGAUUCCUUUCCCUCCCGACUUGUAACUUGAUAGCAAGUUAUAGUCCAGACAGAGCUGCUCUUGCUUUUGUUGCACCAAGACAUAUGCUAAAUGCUGCUAACUAUUAGGAGAUAGGUAUACGCAGGGAGAUGGGGAUAGUUGGGUCUAUGCUUAUUUUUUUCCACAGAGCGGGUGAACUCUUAAGUCUGUAGAUGCUCUGAUCUGCUGGCAACUGAGUUCCCCUUCUGACAACGCUGCUCCAAUAAUAAUAGGGAGACGCCAAUGUAUUCCCGAGGUUGCCAGGUGGAUUCGCCCAAUCUGUUGAGGUUUAAUAAAAUGAUCUUUUACCAUAAGCAGGUGUAAGAUUUCUAUUGUAUAGUAACAAAGAUAUGCUGGUGUUUGGACCAUCCUCCACCUCGUUCCUGAGCAUUAAGGGCGAGAGUCCAAAAAGGGAACUUGACUGUCUAAUCUCCAAACUAAGUACUUGUAGCCAAUGGAUCAAAAAUCCUGGGAAUGAGCUUCCAAGAAGCACUGGGAGACCUGCCUGCUUUAUUCCUCCUAAAUCAAGCUUUUCCUAGCUUAAAUUCCUCUGGGAUACGGUCACCACGCACCACACAGUAUAAUUGAUAACUAGAGUCUGAACCCUUUGCUGCUUUCCACAAAGAUUAGGAGCCUGGCCUAAACUAGGGCCAAAUUCCAUAGUUAUUAAUUUGAUGGUGUGAAGCAUUGGACAUCACUCAAGUGUUUGGACCGGCAUCAAGCUUUAAAAAGUGAAGGAUUGCGGGGAGGGGAGGAAACCAUACUCGGAAUAAAGUCUAAACAGAAUGUUUGAGAUGAGCUUUGAGAAGUGAUCCUAGAGGUCUUAAUCAUCCUACAUUGGUACUAGAACAUGUGUAGACAUGAAACAUACAAAUGUCCCUUUGGCUUAAUUGCCGAAGUCUUAGUUAGUGGUUCUUGGUUUCCUCUUACUGUAUAUCAGUAAAAUGUGAAGCACUAGACGAAAUGGUGCUCUGUUUGGUAUGCUAGCAAUAUUAACGGUUGUAGGAGAAAAGUAGAACUGUGACCGCUAACCUUGGAGUUUAAAAAGCUGCUUGGUGGUAGUGAAUAGAAUGAAAAGCAGCCCUUUUGCUUAGAGAGAUGUCACGCUGCAUUUAACUGGUCAAGAGGUACAUUACUGGCCGAUCAGUCUGGGUUUUGGAAGCCAUUCUUCCACUCAGCUAUGGGUUGCACAGACUCCGGAAGUGCUUAUGAACACCUAGCAACUUUGUGCUUUGCUGCUUGGAUUGCUAGUGAGAUGGGAGCCUGGGGGGUGGG